AUCAAAAGAGAUUCUUUGAAAUUGUAUAGUCCAUCUUUUUCUUUUUCUUUCUCCUCCUCUUGAGCAAGUAUCAUGAAGCUAUUCAUAUUCCUACUUGCCCUUUUCGGCUCGACCUUGGCAGCUCAAACUACCCAUACUUGGUAUUAUACCGCAGGUUGGGUUACCGCCAAUCCUGAUGGAGAAUUUGAACGUGAAGUUGCAGGCUUCAACAAUACAUGGCCCUUACCCAUUUUGAGAGUCAAAAAGGGUGACAGAGUCCAACUUUAUCUUACCAAUGGAUUCCCUCAUCACAACACUACGUUACAUUUCCAUGGGUUAUUCCAAAAUGGUUCUGCUCAAAUGGAUGGUCCUGAAAUGGUUACUCAAUGCCCAAUUCCUCCUGGUGAGACCUUUUUGUACAACUUUACCGUUCCUGACCAAGUUGGUACCUAUUGGUACCAUUCCCAUACCCAGGGUCAAUAUGGGGAUGGGAUGCGUGCUGCCUUUAUCAUUGAAGAUGAUGAACCUGUCCCCUUUGAAUAUGAUGAAGAAGUUGUUUUGACCGUUGGUGAAUGGUACCAUGAAACCUCAGACCAAUUGUUACCUAAAUUCCUUGAUCUUUAUAACCCAACUGGUGCUGAACCAAUUCCUGACAAUCUUCUUUUCAAUGAUACUCAUAAUGGUGUUUGGGAAGUUAAACCAAACACCACUUAUUUCCUUCGUAUUGUCAAUGUUGGUAGAUUUGUUUCUCAAUAUCUUUACAUGGAUGACCAUGACUUCACCGUGGUUGAAGUGGAUGGGAUUUAUGUCAAGCCCAACGUCACCGACAUGAUUUAUAUCACCACCGCUCAAAGAUAUGGGGUCUUGGUGACCACCAAGGAUGAUACCUCAAAGAAUUAUGCCUUUAUGUCGGCCUUUGACACUGAUAUGUUGGAUGUCAUUCCAAAGACCUUGGAAUUGAACAACACCAACACUAUCUCCUAUUCUCCUGAUAAUGCCAAGCCAGAAGAGUUCUUUGUUGAUGACUAUGAUUACCUUGACGAUUUCUACUUGGAACCUCUUGAAAAGGAGGCUCUUUUGGAUGAACCAGACCAUAUCAUUGAAGUGACUGUUGAAAUGAACAACUUGGGUAAUGGUGUCAACUAUGCCUUUUUCAACAAUAUCACCUACACCAAGCCAAAGACCCCAACCUUGUUGACUGCCUUGGCCUCGGACCCAGAAAUCGUUGCCAAUGAAUUGAUCUAUGGUACCAACACCCAUUCCAUUGUGGUUCAACACAUGGAUACCGUUGACAUUGUUCUUAACAACUUGGACACUGGUAAGCAUCCUUUCCAUUUGCAUGGUCAUGUUUUCCAACUUAUCCACAGAGGUGACUCUGUCCCAGACGAUGAAUCUCCAGUGGCCUUUGACUACGAUGACCACCCAGACUUCCCUGCCUACCCAGUUCGUCGUGAUACCGUCUACGUUAAAGAACAAUCCAACAUUGUCCUUCGUUUCAGAGCCGACAACCCAGGUGUUUGGUUCUUCCAUUGUCACAUUGAAUGGCAUUUGGACCAAGGUUUGGCUCUUACCUUGAUCGAAGCUCCAGAGCAACUUAACGCUGACCCAAGACAAAAGCUUACAGAAAACCAUAAGGAUAUCUGUACCAAGGCUGGUAUGAGCUGGAACGGUAACGCCGCCGGUAACACCAAGAACUUUUUGGAUCUUACCGGACAAAACGUGCAACAUAAGCCUCUUCCAGCUGGUUUCACUGCCCGUGGUAUUGUUGCCUUGGUCUUUUCUUGUAUUGCCGCCUUCCUUGGUUUGGCUUCUAUCGCCUACUACGGUAUGUCUGACAUUGCCGAUGUCGAAGCCCGUGUGGCCAGAGACUUGGAUGUUGACUUGCUUGAUGUUGACAACGAACAAGUUGACUCAGAAAUCAUCGAAGAGUCUUCCAACGAAAGACGCAAGAACUCUCUUUAAGAGUGUUCACAAACAAAAACACAUUCCCCCCCCCCCCCCUCAAAGGCCUCGCAAUGAAGUCUUUUGGUGUGGACCGGUCUUGGACGUAGAUAUGAAAAAAAUUGUGUGUAUAGAGAAGCCCUACGAAUUGACCGAUCCAUAACGAAAGAUGUUUGCAAAUAUUGCUCCCCAAAACAUGCCUAAUUUAUAAUUUAUCACCCCCCUCCCCUCCCUACCCGGCUCCCCUUAAUAUAAUAUAAUAGUACCCGAA